AUGCCGUGUCGGCGGGAUGACUCGCUCCCCCAAUCGCGGCACUGGUGCACUAUUGCUGCGACGACGGACUGCGGGCAGCAGGCCCCUCCCUCGAAACGCUCUGCGACAAUGGAUUUCAAACCAUCGAUAACCCGGCAGAUUCGGCGUUCAGCCGCGCCUUCAACACCAAGCUGGGCAUGUUCGAUUACUACAGCAGCGUUGAUCAGAAGCGCGGGGAACGCUUCGCACUGGGGAUGGCGGGGAGCGAGAUGGUCAAGAUGCCUGACGGAGGAUAUCUACCCCUUUGAAGAAGAACUGCCCUCCGAUGCGCUGAUUGUGGAUGUCGGUGGCGGGUUGGGCCAGGUCAGCACCCGGAUUGCGGAAAAGAUUCCCCGGUUGAGGUUUCUGGUGCAGGACCAGGCUGGUGUCGUUGAGGUUACCCGGAGCAGCGGGUUACCGGACGAGGUAGAGGGGAGGGUAAGCUUUAUUGCGCAUGACUUUUUCGAGGUGCAGCCGGUCAAAUACGCCGAUGUGUAUCUGUUCCGCUUUAUUUUGCACGACCAUCCGGAUAGCGCAUACAUCCGCAUGCGCCGCCACAUCAUCUCUGCCAUGCACCCCACCAGAUCACGCAUCCUCAUCGACGACGCCGUGAUCCCCGACCUGCUCGGCUCGGAAAGCAUCCGCAUGUUCAGCAUGCUCGAUAUCCACAUGGCGAUGAGACUGAAUGCGAAGGAGCGCACGCGGAAGCAGCGGGAAGAGCUCUGUCGAGCGACGGAUGAAAGGUUGGUGGUGGAUAAGAUUUGGGAGGAGAGAGAUGGGAGGGGGGGCCCGUAG